AUGGAGGGAAUCGAAUCGAAUCGACUCGAAUCGGUUCGAAUCGACUCGAAUCGGUUCGAAUCGGCUCGAAUCGACUCGAAUCGGUUCGAAUCGACUCGAAUCGACUCGAAUCGGAUCGAAUCGACUCGGGUAGCUAACAAGACUCGAAGCGGGUAGCUAACAAAAAUUUUUUUCGAAUCGGUUCGAAUCGGUUCGAAUCGGUUCGAAUCGGUUCGAAUCGACUCGAAUCGGUUCGAAUCGGUUCGAAUCGACUCGAAUCGGUUCGAAUCGACUCGAAUCGACUCGAAUCGGAUCGAAUCGAAGCGGGUAGCUAACAAGACUCGAAUAACCACCCAGAAAAAUUAAAAAAAAUGCCUCGAAUCGGUUCGAAUCGGUUCGAAUCGACUCGAAUCGGUUCGAAUCGGUUCGAAUCGGUUCGAAUCGACUCGAAUCGGUUCGAAUCGACUCGAAUCGACUCGAAUCGGUUCGAAUCGGUUCGAAUCAAGCGGGUAGCUAA